AUGGUAGCUGUUGUCCUGAUUCUAAGUUAUAAACGCGAAAAGCGGGGAUUUGUACUUCGUCCAACUGUGUGGAUUUUUUUACGGUUAACGCUUGCACGUGGGAUUGGUUCCAGUUACACGAAAAUGACGCUCCGCGCUGGUGCGUCCAAUGUGUCUUUCCGAGCUUGGCGGCGCUACUUCACCCUAUCAUCUGUUGACUCAGUUAUCGAACUAAUGCGAGAAGUAUUUGCUAGUUGUGGGGUAGUGUUUUCUGAUGAACAAAUGAGUAUGAAAUGUUUGAAAAGCAAUACUAUCAACUCUCUUGUAACAGCUGAUGUUGGCGUUGAUUCCUCUUCCUCUGCUAAAGAACCCAACUUGGCGUUUGUAUCUAUAGUAUUAGGUUACAUUGAAAAUCAUCUCACUUGUAGUUUACCAGAAGAAUUCGAUUCAUUAAAAUUAAAAAACGGCCUUCAUCACAAAGUUCUACAACGGAGAAAAGAAUUGUCAUCUCAAAAUUAUUCUCGUUCACGUUCAUCUUCUUUUACAAAAUCACAAUCACCCCUUUCCGUUCAUCUCGAAACGUCAGAGGAACACUUGGAUAGUCCUAGUGAUAAUCGAGAGCUGGAUAGUAAAUCAAGUUCUUUAUCCAGAUCAUUAUCAUCAAGUUCAUUCGCACAAGAAAUUACUCAGAAUACUAGUCACACAAACGAAUCUCCUGUCUGUCGUCGUCGUCGUACUAGACAACUUGGUUCAUCUCGCCGUGUUCGUCAACGAAAUGAAUCAGGUGUAUCUGAUUCUACAGGAAGCACAAUAGAAUCGCUACAUACUAAUACUCCUAAAGAUGAACCAUUACAAAUAAUAACAGACAUGCCUGUUCGAAAGCGACGUCGAUUCUCAGAUAGUACUUUACCAAAUUCAUCAUUUCCCUGUUUAACAUUCGAUGAACUCGAACGUUUGUAUCUGAAUUUCUACAAUCUUAUUACAACUUCUCCCAAAUUGAAACCUUUCAUUGAAACAUCGUGUGUCAUUAAUGGCACUGAGUUGAAAACACCAAAAUCUCAGUCAACUUCAACAACAACAAUAAAGAAAUAUGCAUCACGUUCCCUAAUUUGUGCUAUAUGCGAAGUCCUGUGGAGUCAAAUGGCGGUGAGUCGUGUCAAAGAGCGAUUAACUCAUACACAAAGUGUAUAUUCUUUUCUAACAACGGGAAUCCUGGACAGUUUUGGUUUAGCGUAUACAGUUGUAGCCGCUUGUCAACUUCUUGGUUAUUCCGACGUAGACUUGGCAUUAUCCGAAGAUCAUGGCUGGGUUGAAUUCGGUCCACCAGAGUCCCGUCAAACAGCUGAUGUAGCCAGUUGGGCGCAAGAAUCUCAUACAUCCACCAAUUUACACAGUACAGAAGCCUUUUCAAGCCUACAUAAUGAUGUAUUACAACAGACGGAACACCUUAGAACCAGAAAAGCAUCAUCUGUAGAAGACGAAUGUAAUCCACCUCCUAUUCGUAUCCCACCACUUGAACACUCUUGGCUUUAUGUAAAUGGAUAUCCAGUGAUUUGUCGUCCACGUAUAAUGGCAGUAGCUGCUGCGAUUGCAGCAAUUCAACCAGGAGCCUCAAUUUCAGCUGUUACUCAUGCGCCGACCUCAGAACCUUUUGCUUAUGGAAUGCUUUCACCAAAUCCUUCAGUUUCCUCUGGUGGUGAUCUUAUUACACCUACGGGUCUAGUUAGGCAUUUAUCAUCUGCAUCGGUGAUUUCUAUGCAGCUGGUUACAUUAAAGCAUAGACUUUUAUGGUUAUGCUUCGAUGCUGGCUGUCUGUCACGUUAUCCUUUGGGAUUAACUAAUUUGGGUGAUUUAGAAGAUGCAUUUCCUACUAUGGGACGUCUCGCUACAUUUUUAAAUUCAUCCACGCUAAAUACACCAACAGAUUUGAAGGGCACUGGGAAUUCUGUAGAUCAGAUAAGGAAUUCUGAGAAUUCUCUUAAUCAUUCAAAAGUUUCAUCAGUUGUUAUGAAUCCACGUUUGAAAUUAUCAUCGGAUAUAUCAUCAAAUUAUCAACUGCCGGAAACUGUUUCACUAGCUUUAGCGCUAUAUAACUGUGCUGUUGCAGUCAAUCAAUAUUAUUACGCCAACCAUCAUGUUUAUCCGUAUACAUGUUUAGCUGGAUGUCUGUAUAGGCAUGGAGAUCAUCGAGGUGCAUUACGUUAUUGGGCAGAGGCGACUAAAGUGAUUGGACACUACAAUCAUACAUCUGAAGAUUGGGAAAUUUAUCGCGAACUUUUGGAGGUUGCUACACAUUCAAUGCCACAGAUGUUCCGAUUAGCCAGUGAAAAUUCACGUUAUUGUUCUGAAGGUCUAGUAGACACGGAUCCUGAUGGAUGUUUGUAUCAACGAGACAAUAUUUUAGAUGAUCCACACUGUCUUUCUUACCUGUUAUCAUUCUAUGAUCAUUUAUGUCUAUGGGAAGAAGGUUCACCUGUUCCAGUUUUACAUGUCGGUUGGGUUGAUAAAUUGAUGGUGAAUUUGACACGAUUUACUCAACGUGCUAGACGUCAUCUAUGCCUGUCUGUAGCAUCUGAUAAAGAGGAUAACAAAAGUGAUACUGUACACUCACCAUCGUUAACACAUUCAACUUGUCGAUCAAGUCGUUGGGCAACAGAAUCAACAGAUACAACAAGUGAAACAGGAAUUACUAGUAGUGUAAAGCGUACAACUCGUCGAAAUCGAUCCUAUCAAAUAGAAUCUACGCCUAAUUCAUCUACUGUUGUCAGUGUUAAAGAUGAACAAUUAAAAUCCAAUAAUAAUGUAAAUAACAACAUUGAAUCGGUCAAUGAAAAUGUGAAGCACAAAUCAUCAGAUACUAUAACCCAAACUGUCAAAGGAUCUAAAUCUCGUUCAAUGCGAUCCAGUAAAAUCUGCAAUAAUAUCACUAUUGAAAUUCCCGAAGAAAGAUGUAAUACAAAUACUACAACACGUUCUAACGGUGAAUUGUAUUCACCGCAUGCAAAAUCUACUCUUUCAUCAACUAAUACAAACUCUACGUUUGACGAUAUACAUUUUGAAGCAGAUCAGGCAUUGGAUACUGAAGAACAAGAUGGAUCACCUUCACCUUUAGUAGAUUUUCCUAAUAAUGGUGAUCUAUUAGCAAGUUUAGUUGAAGCAUGUGACCAUCGUCUGUUGAAUCCAGCCUUUCUAUGGGGUGUAGAACCACAUUCUCCCUUCCUACCAGCUAAUAUUGCUCCUGAAGAAGCCUUAAAUCGUUUGAUGACUGUUCUUCAAGAAAAUAAACCUGCCUCUGUAUUGCACAAUUCAAGCACUGAGGCGGUUACUGCAGCAACACCUACGAGGACUAUGGUUCACAAUAUCUUUCCAACACCGCCGAAUUCAGGCAGUUUCACAGAAUUAAUGGGAACUGCAGUCAGUGAAGAAGCAAACAGUAUUGACGCUAUAACUGUUGUUCCAUUAUCACCGGCAAAAUUAUCACAGACUACACAACUAUCUUCGAACAAUGAAAAGUCAACUGAUCCUCAUUUUCCUCUUUCUAUUACAAAAAAUGAAUCAGACAGUUGUAUAUUGAAAACAACAGAAGAGACAUUAUUCCCCGAUAGUUUCGAUACUGUUGAUGGUAUUACUGCUGCUGCAGGCGAUUUCGAUCUGCUAGCUGAUAUACCUAAUGAAUUAAUGGAUUCUGUUGCAAGUUUAGUUGUUGAGAAUCAAACUGUCUCACCGACUUCUAAUAAUCCUGUAGACUUUUUCGAUUUAAUUUUAGAAUCUGAAAAUAACCUGCAUAAAACUAUCUGUAAUCAUCAUCAAGGUGAAAACGAAGAUAUAUUGAAUGAUAAUAAUAAUAAUAAUAAUAAUAAUAAUAAUAUCAGCAAUAGUAGUAAUGUCAAUAAUAAUAAUAAUAAUAGCAGUAGUCAAUCCCCCUUUCGUCCGUCUAGAAAUCAUAUCAGUAAAACAAUGGAAGAGUUAAGCGUUCCUUUAUCCUUGUAUUCAGUUAA